CUGGACUACCUGUAGACCUACUGAACUGUCACUCACACUGUGUUGUGUACAUCAAGUGAAGUGUUGGACAGUGCAUUCUUCAACUCCUAAAAGACCUACGAAACUGAAACAAUUCGCCAAAAAUAAGUAUCGGUAGGGAAGAAAAAAGUCAAGAAUGGUAUUGAAAAAGCUGAGCAGGGUAUCAUGAUGAUCAAUGAUCUGAAUCUGUUCAGUACGAAUGAAGAAAUUGAGGAAGUGGCUUCAAAUGAACUUAGGUAUUUACUUCUCCCAGGUCUUCUUGGUUAUAUAGUAAACAAAAACACAAAGUUAGAGCGCAUGGAAGUCGUUAAGAAGUCACAGGCCUACUACCUCGACUUUCUUAAGCUAUGUAAGCUGUAUCAAGUUUGUGAUUUUGAUUUACCAAAGCAGCCCUCAGCCAGUGAGGAGGAGGAGAGGAAAAGUGCAUCUGCCAAGCCACCUCGACAAGAAGACUUCAUAUUGAUGGCAGACCGGAGGAAAGUGAAAAUGGAGCGUUUCAAGAAACAGAAGGAGACCGAAGUCCGGUUGAAGGAGUUGUAUGAUAAGGUCAAGGAGGAGCAUGUUGAUGAUGAGAUCAAGAGAGAGUACUACAUGACUCUGUUGACCGGAUGGAUCCAUUCUAGUCUUGAGGAGUUAGACAGUAUCAAAGAUGAACUUCCAAUUUUAGAGCAUAUGGCAAAAAUGCGAAUAUCUGGUGCUAAAACUCCAACAGAAGAAAAACUAGUGAAGCCAAAAUCAACAUUCCGACCAUUCAUUUUGACCAAAGACGCCCUCCAAAAGCAAGUGAUAGGAGCUGGCUAUCCAAGUCUUCCCACCUAUUCUGUAGAAGAGUGGUAUGAUCAGCAGGUGGAGGCUGGACGCUUGCCGAGACCUGGGGAGAAGAUGCCUGGCAUGCCAGAGCCAGGGGCUGAAGCCAGGGAGUACGAGAGACAAGACUUGGAGAAGGAAGCGAACAUACAAGACGAUGAUCCCGAGACAUUACAGAAGGCAAGGGAGUGGGACGACUGGCGAGAUGAUCACCGCAGAGGAUGGGGUAAUCGUCAGAACAUGGGCUGAGAGGCCCGGCACCGGUCCAGAGACUUUCUUAUCUGUGCUAUGAGCUUGGGCUGAGAGGCCCGGCACCGGUCCAGAGACUUUCUUAUCUGUUCUAUGAGCUUGGGCUGAGAGACCCGGCACCGGUCCAGAGACUUCCUUAUCUGUGCUAUGAGCUUGGGCUGAGAGGCCCGGCACCGGUCCAGAGACUUUCUUAUCUGUGCUAUGAGCUUGGGCUGAGAGGCCCGGCACCGGUCCAGAGACUUUCUUAUCUGUGCUAUGAGCUUGGCGGCAUGAUCCAAGUCGUCAACUCUUAAGACUAGUUCUAUCCAACUGCCAAUCCUGCAUGUGAAAUUCUGAGAAAAGUGACUGGUUCCUGACUUUCGCCCUCGUGAACAAUGCCCAGUUUACAGUACAUGUAGUUUGUUGGUCUAUGUCAUGGCUCUCAUACUACUGGACAGUUCAAAGGCUCAUGUCUCAAGCAACGGGGCCCUUACAGGACAGAAUGAAGAGGACAUGAAGCUUCUAAACCAGGCAUGAUGUCUGUAACUAACUCUGAACAGAAUUUCUGUGCAUUUACUCCAGAUGAGUGCAAGUGUAAUGCGUCAUUUGUAAGCUGCCUCCAUUGUGAGACCGGUGUUGUUCAAGAUAAUGAAUAAAGAGGUCAAGGUCA